AUGGCCCCGGCCGUUCCCCUCUGCCGGGCGGGGCCGCCCCGUCCCCGGCCCUGGGCGGCCCGGCGCGGUCCCGCCCUCGCCCGGCUCCCGGCGCGCCGGUUGUGGCGCUGCUGGGCGCUCCUGUGGGGCGGGCUGUGGGGCGGGCUGUGGGGCGGGUUUUGGGGCGGGCUAUGGGGCGGGUUUUGGGAUGGGCUGUGGGACGGGCUGUGGGACGGGUUUUGGGACGGGCUGUGGGGCGGGCUCGGCCUCGCCGCCCCUUGGCUCCGCCCGGCUCGAGCCCGGCGCCUGCCGGGGCCGGCGGGGGACGCGGGCGCCGCGGCCGCUGCCGCCUCCUCGGCGGGUUCCCCGGGCAGAGCUCCGCCGCCGCUGCCCGCUGCGGGUGGGGAAGCCCGGCCCGGGCCGCUCGAGGGGCGCUCGGGGGCCGUGCCGGGCCCCGGCCCGAACGCUGACGGCCACGUCUCGCCCGCGCGGAAGGCGAAGGGGCCCCUGCAGAAGCGCUACCGGCUGGGUUCGCUGCUGGGCAGCGGCGGCUUCGGCCGCGUCUACGCGGGGACCCGCCUGGCGGACGGAGCCCCGGUGGCCAUCAAAGCCGUGCCCCGGGAUCUCAUCCGGCGCUGGGGCGAGCUGCCCGACGGCACCCUGGCACCCCUGGAGAUCGUGCUGCUGGACAAGGUGUCCAAUGGCUUUCGUGGUGUCAUCCAGCUCCUGGAGUGGUUCGAGCUCCCCAACAGUUUCUUGUUGGUGAUGGAGCGUCCGGAGCGCUCUCGGGACCUCUCUCGCGUAAUCACGGCGUGGAGGUUCCUGCCGGAGGAGAUGGCGUGGGGGCUGUUCCGCCAGGUGCUGAAGGCCGUGCGGCACUGCACCAGCUGCGGCGUCCUGCACCGGGACAUCAAGCCCCAGAACAUCCUCCUCGACCUGGCCACUGGUGAGGCGAAGCUCCUUGACUUUGGAUGUGCCACCUUCCUUCAGGACACGAUCUACACCCAGUUUGCAGGAACACCGUCAUACAGCCCGCCAGAGUGGAUCUGCUUCAGACGCUACCGCGGCGAGGCGGCCACGGUCUGGUCCCUGGGCAUCCUGCUCUACCAGAUGGUCUGCGGGAAGCACCCGUUCUGCAGAGGCACCAACACCAUCUGGGACCAGCUCCCGUUCCCACCACGGGUCUCUCGAGGGUGCCAGCACCUUAUCAGGUGGUGUUUGUCCAUCCGCCCCUCGGACAGGCCAUCAUUGGAAGACCUAUUGUGCCAUCCUUGGGUGCAGGGCAUUCACCUGCUCUAGAAGAUGGGAGAGAUCCACGUGCUCACUUUGAUCCAGGGGCCUGGCAACUGGGCCCUCGGCAGAACACUGACAGCCUGGUCUGGCCCCCAGGGAAGGAGAAGGGGCCUCUGGAGAAGCUGUGCCGGGUGGGGCUGCUGCUGGAGACAUCGAGGACGACAUCAGGGAUGACAAGCUCUUUGUUG